CUCUUCAUCUACAUUCUACACUCUCCAAAUUUCAAGCAAGAAAAGGCCUCUCCGAUCCCAAAUUCAAACACCCAACAAUCAAUCUUGAAAAGUAAUGGGUGUUAGGAUGAUGAAAUGGAGUCCAUGGCCACCAAUCUCGUCGAGAAAAUUCGAGGCCAAGAUUCUUGUACGCUGUCUCCAAGGCUUGCCUGAGAAAACUACAAGUGGGGAUCCCCGAGAUUUUUCACGAUUGGGUGUUGAAGUCAAUUGGAAAGGUUCUACGACAUCAAGUAAUCGACUUAAUUUCAAGCGGAGUAGUGCGAAGAGGAAUUUGACGAAGGAAGAAUCGUUAAACGACGACGGAGUUGUUAAAUGGAACGAAGAGUUCGUUACUGUUUGCGAUUUGGUGGAAUUUAGAGAUGGGAAUUUUCAACAGUGGGAAGUUGCAUUCAGGGUGUUCGAUGGUUUAAACCAAGGAGCAAAAAGACGGGUUCAUACCAUUGCAACUGGAUCAUUGAACCUUGCUGAAUUCGCUCCAUCCAAGCAAGAGAAAACCCCAAUAAAUAUUCAUCUUUCAAUGCCUAUUAGCAUCGAUUGUAGUCCUAUACUCUCUCUAUCACUCACCCUCCAUGAAUAUGCCGUGCCUCUGCCAUUGUCACUCAGAGACGACCCAUCGGGCCUUAAAGCCGGUUUCAAAAAAGUCAAGAUCUUUAAAGUAGUUUCACCUAAAAAAAUAUGUCAUCAAGAAGAGGGAAACUGUCGAUUUGGCCCAAAUUCCCUCGAUGGAGUUGAUUCCGAUGUAGAUAAUGCCGAUUCCAAUGUUACGAAGUCUCUCGAUUACGGAACCCUAGCUUACGCAAAUCAUAUCGGACGAUUUUCAAACUUCAAUUCAAGCAGUAGUAGUGAAGAUGACGAUUGGACAUACAGACAUUAUAAAUCAAAGGAAGACGAUUCACAUUCCGAAAGGCGAAUCUCGAUGCGCGGAAUCUUCCCAUGGCGGAAACGGAAACUGGGAUUCCGGUCUCCAAAACCCAAAGGCGAACCACUUCUCAAAAAGGAUGUUAAAGAAGAAGGCGGGGACGAUAUCGACUUUUACCGCCGAAUGCUGACAUCAUCAGAAGGGUCAACCACGAGUCGAUCUUCAAUCUCGGAAUUCGGAGACGAUAAUUUCAUCAUCGGUAAAUGGGAAAACAAAGACUUAAAAAGUCGAGAUGGUCAAAUGGAAGUCAAAACACAAAUUUUCUUUGCUUCAAUUGACCAAAGAAGCACACGCGCCUCGGGAGAGAGCGCAUGCACUUCUUUGGUCGCUACAAUCGCUGAUUGGUUCCAAAAUAGCAACCAAGAAAUGCCCGUAAAAUCCGAACUCGAUACUUUGAUUCUAGAAGGUUCUUUAGAUUGGAGAAACCUAUGCGAAAACAAACUCUACACGAAAAAUUUCCCCGAUAAACACUUUGACCUAGAAACCGUUCUCGAAUCCAAGACCCGUAAUCUCAUUGUGGUCCCGGAAAAGUCGUUCAUCGGAUUCUUCCAGCUUGACGAGGGCGUUUUUGACUUUUUACAUGGUGCUAUGUCGUUUGAUAACAUAUGGGAUGAGAUCGAUCGAAUCGAGUCAGAAAAACCGUUGGUUUAUAUCGUGAGUUGGAACGAUCAUUUUUUUGUGUUGAAAGUUGACCGGGAUGCUUAUUAUAUUAUUGAUACUUUAGGAGAGAGGUUGUAUGAGGGGUGCGAUCAGGCGUAUGUGAUGAAGUUUGAUAAAGAUACAUCGAUUAAACGACUACCAUAUGAGAAAGAGGAGAUCGUGGUGUCGAAAGGUAAAGAGUCGUGUAAGGAGUAUAUUAAAAACUUUUUGGCUGCGAUUCCAUUAAGGGAAUUGCAAACCGAUGUGGAGAAAGGGUUGGUUGAUGCAUCGAGCCCACUUGUUCAUCAUCGGCUGCAGAUCGAAUUUCACUACACUGAGUGUUGCGCAUGAAUCCAGCCCGCUUGUUCAUCCUCAAGUACAAAACUCCUUUAACAAGUUCAAUUUUGAAAAAUCUAAUUAUUGUAUAUGUGACUUGUGUGAUUGUAGAGUUUCUUGUUAAUUUUUUAAUGACAAAAUUAUAUAAAUGGUCCAUGUGUUUUUUUAUA